AUGUGCUUCUUAAUCUUCGCCCGCGCUAGUCGCCACCCCCUCGCCCCAUACAGUCGCCCGCGCUGGUCGCCACCCCCUCGCCCCACAUACUCGCCCCGCCCGCCCGUGCCGUCCGCUCGCCCCGCUUGCCCCGCACCCCGCGUGCCCCGCCUGCUCGCCCCGCACCUCGCUCUCCCCUCCCGUGCCGCCCGCUCGCCCCGCACCUCGCUCUCCCCUCCGACGCCGCCCGCUCGCCCCGCACACUGCUCGCGGCUGGUGCACGCCUCCUCGUGCCCCAGCUGCAGCAGCCCGCGGCUCGUCUGCCCUCACCUCCGGACAGCCUCCACCGGCGUCGCCUCCUCGCCCAGCCGCAGCGGCCCGCGACACCUUCGCCCUCCUCCACCGGCAUCUCCUCCUGGCCCAGCCAUAGCGGCCCACGGCACCUUCGCCCACCUCCUCCGGGCCGAGGAGGAAAUGGCGACCAAGAGGAGCAUGGCCACCCUGGGUGAUAAAGACCUCAGGGGGAAGAAGACGUUUCGGCAUGCCUAUCUGAAUGUUCUGUCGGACGACGUCCAGAACAUCACUGACGACAACCGCAUCCGCGCCUCCGUGUCGUCCAUCAAGUCCUCAUGGAAAAGGGUUCCAAGGUCGUCCUGGACAACUAUCUGGUUCAUCAUUCAACCAAGGGAUAUAAAAUACGAAACAGAAGCAAAAGGUGUUUAUGCCUACGGAGCAUCAUAAUUGUGAGGGAGUGUCAUGUCGAUUUUAUAAAUCCAGUAGCAUCCUACUACUCGCAGUUCCUGUAGUUCAAUCAAAUAGUACAAUUUUCAACUCAUAUUUGUUAUGGUUAGAUAUAAAUUUUUAAAAGCUUCGAGGUUUUCUGAGAUGAGAUGAUGGCUCAUAUGUAUCAUUUUGAGAAAAGUCCUACUACGGUCAAAUCUUGUAGUUCAAUUACAUAAUGCAAUUUUAGAAUGAUAUAUGAUAUGGUGAUAUGUUUUUAUUUA